AUGUCAAAGGAUGACGCCUGCAAAGUCACAUCCGCCAGCAAGCACAAGGAGCGCAAGCCGAAAAAGCCUCACUACAUCCCGCGGCCGUGGGGCAAACCCUACAACUACAAGUGCUUCCAGUGCCCCUUCACCUGCAUGGAGAAGUCCCAUCUGUACAACCACAUGAAGUACAGCCUGUGCAAGAACUCCUUGUCUCUACUCAUAGAGUCAGACUGGCCGUACAAAAAGGGCAACAUCCUGCACCCAGACCAGCUCCGACCCUUUCAGCAGGCGCACGGCCUGCAUGGUAACGGGAAAGAUGAGCUAGAGCAGGCGAUGCGCACUGAGGAGAGACAACAGGGGCAGCGGAGGUUGGUGGAGGAGGAAGGUGAGGGCAGGGAAAGCCAGGGAUUAGAAGAUGAAGAAGAGGGAGGACGAGGAGAGGGAGUAGAGAUCACUGGGCUGACUAAAGAAAACUCCAGCAGCAACAGCAGAGCAGAUGCUGCAGAGUGUGCUACCAAGAAACCCAAACAGCCAGAGUCAGAGCUUCUGAUGGCAGACAUGCUCUCCCUGGAAGAUCAGCUUCUACGAGCACGCUCUGUGGAGGUGGAGGCCCAGCUGAGACACUAUAAGCUGUCCAAGACAUGUCUAACAGCUCCUGGGCUUCUGUCAGAACAGUGGCGACUGCUGGCGUCCAGCCACACUAAGGCCAAAGCAGAAGGUGCUCAGCCUCGAGUGAGCAGCUCAAUCCCCUGUUACCCUCCGCCGCCAAACCUGGUGGACUACCAGGAUCCCACUGGACUCAAUCUGUCAGUGCUCGGUGUAGGUUACCCCAUCAGCCCCAGCCUCUUCUCCUACAUGAACUCAGCUAUUCCUGCCGCCGCCGCCUCCGGUGUCAACGCCCAGACUCACGCACAGCUCGCCCAGCUUCCCUUCCUGGCAUCGGCGGCUCAGCUGAUCCACCCGGCCUCCAGCACGCAUACAGACAGAGCUCUCAUUCCCCCUCGCCUCUACUAUCCCUUCCUGUGUGAGCACGCGUUCGGACCGGCUUCUAGUCAGAGUGAUGCCAGCAAAUCUCUCAAGACGUCCACAAACAGUCUAGAAACAAAUUCCUUGUCCGGCUUCCAACCUAAAGUCAGUCUGUGGAAAGUGCCUGCUUUGCGGCCAGGAACUGCUGUCUCCCCCGCCGGCUGGGUGUCACCUCAAAGAGACUCCCCCGACCAGGGCUACAGGUUGGGGGAUAAACUGCAGGCUGCAGCAAAGGAGGGAAAAACAAGCUGGAGUCUCAAGAGAACAGGAGCUGCUCUUAGAAACCAAGAUGCUCCUGUGGAGAAGAAGCCGGCCAUGGGCUUCACAUUGGACCUUCUGAAGAAUAUUCAAACUGCAUCGAGUCUCAAUAUGGCGGCAGACAAGCUUCUUCUCCAGAACAGUUUACAGGAUGCUCAGCUUCAGACUCGGCCCACUGAGCUGUGGUACAACGAUCCUCUCACCAGCCCCAACAGUGAAACAUCCUCUCUAUCAACCUGCGGUGGACCCAACAGCCAAGACUCGACAGCUGCCAGGACAGUCGGGGACGGGGCUUCCGAGUCAGUCGCUGCUCUCCUCAGCGACCUCUCCAAGGCGCUGCAGGAGUACCAGGAGGCCGAGCGCAAGAUCUCCCACCUAGAAAAGGAAGACCUUCCCGCCCAGCGACACCUCUGGGAACACCUGAACAAGAUCCGCAGCGAGCUCUCUCACAUUCACCAGGCGCUGGAGCGAACGGCCCGCCAGAGCGACGGGCCUCUGGACCUGUCUGUCAAAAGGGACUCGACGGACUCGGUCGGUGAGCAGAGCAUGAGAGAGGACGGCAGCCUCAAAGACAACACGACGGAGACGGACGAGGAGGACGAGGAGCUGGAGGAGAAGAGGGAGGAAGAGGAGGACGAGAGCGAGAGGAAGGUGAUGAAGGCCGCACUGGAGAGUCGGAAGCAGUCGCUGGACAUGCUGAUCAAGAUGAGUCAGGCGUCGGUGGUGAACGCAGAGGUUCUGUCUCCCGGUGGUCUCAGCCUGAGGCCCAGUCCAGCUGAGGCCCUGUGGCCGAGCAGAACCACCAAGUGUGAGGCCGACUCCAGCGUCCUGCUCUGCCCCGACGGCCGGUCAGUCGUGUUCACCGACAUCCCCUCCUCCGUCAAACCCCCAAAGAGACCCCCGUCCAUACAGCGACUGGAAGCCCAGUGUCCUCUGAGCCCUUUGACAGCAGCUGACAACUAA